UCAUCUCCUCAUCUCCUCAUCUCCUCAUCUUAUCCUCAAUCUCUGCCAUAACUAUUUCCAUUAUUUCCCUACCCCCAGUAUGGAACUAAAGCAACUCACCAUAACAAACUUCAAAUCAAUCUCGAAGACAACGCUCAACAUAUGCACAUUCACCGCACUAACCGGUCUAAACGGCAGUGGCAAAUCAAACAUACUCGAUGCAAUCAUGUUCUGUCUGGAUAAGGGCAACAUGCGCAUGAUGAGAGUAGAGUGUUACAAGGACCUGAUACGAGCAGGUGCACAGAGCUGCGAAGUAGAGAUGGUGUUUACAUCGCUAGUAAUACGCAGAGAGGUAAAUCGUGACGGCAAGUCUAAGAUAUAUAUAAACAACCAUCCAGCAUCGCUGAGCACCGUAAGAACGGUUACAUCUGCGCUGAAUAUUCUGCUGAUACAGCAGGGCACAAUUACCAAGUUCCUGCACACGAACGAUUUGAACGCAUUCAUCAAUUACUGCGUAGGUACGGUCAACCAUUAUAAGCAGCGCCUGAGCAGUGUGAUGGACAAAGAGGACAAGCUGAAUGCUGUUAAGAAACAGCUCAGUGACAGGAUAGCACCGUUUUUUAGUAGAUUGCGUGAUGAGAGAGAAAAUACGAUCAGCAAUCGCAAGAGAAUGGGUCGUAAGAAGGUGGUAGAAGAGCGCUUAGCAUCUGUCAAGCGCAUGGAAAGGUUGCUCGAGCUGGUAGAAAUGCAAUGCAUAGACGAGCAUAAAAAAAUUAUAAAACAAAAGUUGGAACGCAUAAAUAGAGCAACGCAGCGAAGACUGCACUGCAAGGAGGAAAAGAUAAAAAUCGUGGAAAUGAGAGAGGAGUUGAAUGCGUUAAAGGAGAAGGAAAAGAGAACGGUGCCAAUUGUUCAGUACUUAAAGACUAGGAGUACAGAAAUCGAGGAGAUGAUAGGCAUCAUGGAAGGAGGCAUGGAUGUAGUUGGGAUAAAUGAGGAGCGGUUUACGUUGAUAGAGGAUAUGAUGAGGAUUAGAAAAGAAAUUAAUGGAUGCGGAGGAAGAGUGCGCUUUAAAGACGAGCAAGAUGCCGUGAAUGAUGUUGAUAAGAGAAUAGCAUGUGAGGAUAGCAUGGAAAAGGGAGGUGGUGCAGACAUAUGCGAUGAGAUCAUGAAUGACAGGAACACGCUUUUGGCUUUGAGCACAGACAUAACAAACGUAAGCAAGAACGUAGAAAAGUUAAAAGAACUCAGCAACAAAAUUGAAUACGUGAAGAGCGAUGCGUGUGUGAAAAGAACGGAGGGACGAGUCUUCGAACUGUUCACGCUUACUGACAGCAAAUACAGGAGGGCUGUCGAUACAAUACUUGGUAAUAAAAGGAAUUACUACGUGGUAAGAAACAGCGAUCUGGCCAAGGACAUAAUAAAAGACGGUAAUGGCACGUUUAUACCACUGGACAAGAUAAAAUAUAUCGAUAACAAAUACAAACAGAACCUGCUCAUACAGAAAAUAAAGUACAGAGAAGAGCAUCAGAAUGCAUUUUAUUUUCUUUUCAAUAACUAUUAUGUGUUUGACACCGAUAAGGAUGCUAGAACAUUUUCAUUCAAGAACAAGGUGAUUACAGUGACCUUAGAGGGGACCGUUUAUGAUUAUAGAGGAGUGGUAAGCGGUGGAAUGGUUAAUGUAAAGGACAUGGUUGGUAAAAGAGAAAUUGAGAAGAUUGAUCGUGAAAAUGACGAAGUAAUGGGGGAGAUGGCACGUUUGAUCGAUGAAAAUGUUAGUCUAGGUGUAAGGGCAGAUAAUUACGGAAGAGAGAAGGGGUUGAAUGGACAUGAUAAAACAGAAAAUGUAAGUAUGGCGACCGGUAACGGAAAAGCGGUGGGUAAAGCGAGUGGCAUGCACACUGCUGAGUGUUUAAUCAAACGAUUAAACAGCGGAGUAUCCAUCAGCUCGCUGCUUAGCAACCAUUACAACAACUGUGCUACAUUCAUCGAGCGGAGCAGUAAAAAAUCGGAAAGAAUACGUGGGCUAGUACAAAAAGGUACACGAUUAAAUGCCAUAAAUAAGAUAAUCAGGGACAAGGACCUGAACAAGAUAAGCGAACUAAGAGCAGAAUUAGUAAAAGAAAGGAAGAAGGAGGAGGAACUGAAAAUAAGAGAAAAAGAGCGGGAUAGGAUAAUUAAGGAGAAUGAGGGUAUAGAACAGUACAAUGAGAGAAUAAAAAAGAAAAGAAUAGAAAUUGAAGAGUACCUGAAAAUGAGUAAGGUGGAUGACGAGGAUGAUGUGGUCGAUAGUUACGAUGUACGGUACGAUUUGAAGAAUACUCUGGUCAAAUUGGAGGGAAGGAGGAUGGAAGAUAAUACGGGUGAGAAGAUAGAGGAGAUUAUGAGGGAAGAAUUUGAACGGGUGGAGGAGUGUUUCGUAGAGGAUAUGGGUAACAACGAUGUGUACGUUGAUGGUGUACACGCUGAUUAUUUACAGCGUGAUAACACACAAAGUAGCGUGCAAUCUAAGGGCAUCAAAAGCAUUCUAUACGAUUUCCUCAAAAGCAAGAAUUACAACUUUUCAGAUCUUAUCUCCACACUCAAUUCUCACCUAUCGGUAAAAGACACCCUAUCAUUCUUACAUGGAACGGUAAACAUGUAUGAACAGGAGAUCAAGGACUUAGCAGUGAUGAAGAAAGAGAUGGACCCUAAAAAUUUUGAUCUUUUAGAGAAGAACGAGCAACAAUUAACAGAAAUCAAAAACAAAAUUAUAAAAUUAGAGAACGACAAGAAAAAAAUUAUGAAGAGCAUAAAUGAAUUUGAAAUACAAAGCGAGGCAAAGAGAAAAACGUUCAUAGAAAACAUCAACAGCACCAUAAAUGGUAUCAUAGGCGUAUUCAUACCAGAGUGUAAUAUAAACAUACAAAACGAUGCCCUGAACAUAACGAUCAACAACAAUGCGGUGAGCAUCAACGAAUUGAGCGGUGGGCAGCGGUCAUUGAUAGCAGUUGCCAUGAUGUUUUCGUGUAUGGAUACGCGGAAUUGCCUGUGCCUAUUUGAUGAGAUUGACAGUGCUUUAGAUCUAGGACAGACACAGAGAGUGUCUAUGUAUUUAAGGGAUAAGGGCUGUCAGGUUGUUGUUGUGAGCUUGAAGGAAGGCUUUUAUAGCUGUGCUGAUGUUAUCUACCAGGUUUAUAAGGAGAAUAACUACGGAAAGGUGCAAAGAGUAAAAUAGAAUGAUGGGAAGGCUUGUACCGAUGUGUUUUGCGGAAUGAUAGUUGUGUUAUGUUACGGAUAGUGGGGAUGAUACUGCCGUGGGAUAAAGUAAUAAUAACAGGAAAUGUGUUAUUGUACGGGCAGUACAACAAAAUGAUACUGCUGUGGGAUGAAGUGAUAAUAACAGGAAAUAAGGGAGCAACAGGUAGAUGGUACAAUACAAAGUAACAAAAUGAUAUGCAGCAGGUGAAUGACGAUAAUCUAGCUGGGAGCUAUUCAUGUUUUAAUGGUUAUAAAGUACAUUUUGUGUAUUUUCCUUGGUCAUGUAUGAUGCCGAUACUUAUUUACGGCACAAGAAAUGUUAUAAUACUUUCUCAAUGAGUUCAAUGGUUCUUUAAUGAUGAAAUGAGUAAAAAUAUGUUUCGUAACAAGUAUUAUACAGGCUGUGAAAACGGCAUAUUUUAACCGUUCUUGGAGAUGUAAGUAGGAUGUGUUCGUUAUUAUUUCUGCUUCAUGUU